GUUUGAACCGAACAUUGCCCCUCGGAGUGUAGCCAGACAGCUCAAUUCAUCAAUACCGCCUCGCUGCCAUCAAACCACAUCAUGACGUCAAACGGCACAAACGGAGGAGCCGAGGUUGGGUCAGGGGAGGAAAGGCGUAAGGGCAAGGCGACACCCGAUACCCUUAAGGUGGGCUGCAUCGCUAUCGUUACGAAAGACGGGCAUCCUCGACGCGCCGAAAUCCUCAGCAUCAAGGAAACAAAGAGCGGCAAGCAGUUCUACUGCAACUUCGACAACUUCAACAAGCGGUUAGAUGAGUGGGUUCCAGUCUCGAGAAUCGACUUCGAUCAGGACGUUGAGUGGCCCAACCCGGACAAGGACAAGCAGAAAGACGCCAAGAAUAAGAAGUCGACGGUGUCGAAGAAGUCGCAGCCACCCAAGAAGGCACAGAAGAGGGUCGGCAAGCGGGAGGAGUCCGUCGCGUCCGAAGGCCAGACACCGCACCCCUGGACCGAGUUCGUCGAAUCCCAGAACAAAGCAGAUGGGGAGGACAGAGCAAAUGCGAGCUUGGAGGUCGGGGCGACGCCCACGGUCGGGCCGGACGAGAUGGAACUGGACGAGGACGAGACGCCGGCCAGCGCUGCGAAGAAGGAGCACUUGCAACCGUUCAGCCGAGAACAGGAAAUCGAGAAGCUGCGGACGUCAGGCUCCAUGACACAGAACCCGGCCGAGAUAUCGCGCAUCCGUAAUAUAUCGAAGGUGGAAUUUGGCAGGCACGUCCUCUUCCCCUGGUACUUCUCUCCAUACCCGGAGGUCUUCAGCCAGGAGGACUGCAUCUACAUCUGCGAGUUCUGUCUGAGCUACUACGGCGACCUCAAGGCGUUCACACGGCAUCGCAUGAAGUGCACGCUGCAACACCCGCCAGGGAACGAGAUCUACCGCGACGACUUCAUAUCCUUCUUCGAGAUCGAUGGCAGGCGACAGCGGACAUGGUGUCGCAACCUGUGUCUCCUUUCCAAAAUGUUCCUCGACCACAAGACCCUAUACUAUGAUGUGGACCCGUUCCUCUUCUAUGUCAUGACCACGAGGGACGACAGGGGAUGCCAUAUGAUCGGCUACUUUUCGAAGGAAAAGGAGAGCGCGGAUGGGUACAACGUCGCGUGUAUUUUAACGAUGCCGCAGUACCAGAGGAAAGGAUACGGACGGCUGUUGAUUCAGUUCUCGUACGAGCUCUCCAAGAUUGAGGGCAAGCUGGGGUCGCCCGAGAAGCCGCUCUCGGAUCUGGGCCUCUUGAGUUACCGGCAGUACUGGUCGGAAAACAUCAUCGACCUGUUGCUUGGAUAUAGCGAGCGCGAGGAGAAGUGCACGAUCGAAGGCAUCGCGUCGGCGCUCGCCAUGACGACGCAAGAUGUUGAGCACACGCUGCAAGCGCUCAAGAUGCAGAUCUACCACAAGGGCGAGCACAAGAUUGUGAUUCCCGAGAAGCUUGUGCAGCAGCGGGAGAGGUCCAGGGCCAAGCAGAAACGGGUCAUCAACCCAGACCAGAUUCAGUGGAAACCGCCAGUCUUCACGGCGGCUAGCAGGACGUGGGCAUGGUAGUUUGUAGGGGAAAGAGGACAGCGUCGGGAUAGCCACGGGAGCUAGGACGACUGACUACCUACCUAUUGUGCACUGUAUACUAAUAUAUACGACUCAGCCGGAUUUGAUUCAUCUAGCUCCUCUGUAUACUGCACAGAUGGCCUUCGGAGCGCUUGCAUACACUUCAGAGCAUGCUUGAAUAUGCAUUUAUGCGUGAGAGGAUGUGGAUACUGGGCAUUCAUCUAUGUAAAGGGGUAAUUUAAG